AUGUCAAGCAGAAUGCCGAAAACCUCCAUAUACAAAACACGAGUAGGAACAGAGUUACUCAUGGGGAAGGUAGUCAAGCUCAGCAACGUUGGAAUUGAUCGUGUUCCAUGUGCGCAGGUCAGAUGCAGUAUGAACGAGUUCAACAGAUAUUUGAAGAUGUAUUUUGCACGUGCAUUUGAGUUUUGGGCUCUGGACAGAGAAUCGAAAGGGAACCUUGGCGAUAUGGUUCUAAUUCGACGAAUUCCAGUUGAUCAAAGGCCUACGACCAAUGUUGCGCAUUUGAUCGAUCGAGUAGUAUUCAAAUACGGUAACAUAGUUGAUCCUGUAACUGGUAGGCGUGUGAUCAAAGAUGAGUUCGCUGAUGAAAUUGAACUUCGCAAGCACCUUGUCGAGCAAAUCGUUGAUGCUCCUUUAGAACAAUAUUUAACCGAACUUGUUUUCGUAGAAAUGGAGUCGGAUGACUUGUCAAAGGCGAGAUUUGUGAAGGUGUACGAUUAUCUGGAAGAGCGUGCUGCUCAAGUGGCUGAUCUUCUCCAGGUGGUGGAUAACUCGAAUCUGGUUUCCGGAGAAGUUACAAAAGGCCCAAGAACAGCGGCGCAGCGGCUUCCAAGGCAUAUGAGACGUCGCGCCAUGGCUUAUGACGUGCGCCGAUUUCCAAAGGGUCUUCGAAAUUAUGCUGCCCCUUUCUUAGCGAACACCAAACAUAGAAAGAAGCCUCCCAGUCGGUACUUUCGUCGAAGAUCUCGGAAUCUGUUAUUGAAUUACAUUCGGCGGCAAAGGAAAAUGGUGUGGCUAGAAACACAUAUCUGGCAUGCAAAACGAUUUCAUAUUGUUGACAGGUGGGGUUAUCGCCUGCCCGACCGGAGCUUCCAACGCAAUUUUCGCCCUUGCUAUCGUGAUUCUGUGAGACACUGCACCGUGCGCGAUAAAAGUUACCUUUCCUGCAUUCUGAUCUCUCAUCGUAAACAAGAUGAACUUAUUGCGAUGCUCAGUCCUCUAUGCGUGAACUCUGCGUCGCCGACGUUCGCUUUCAAAAGUGGUCUGGAUGUUAUUCAGGUAUCAACUCUCAUCUAUCAUCCAGGUCAAUACCCUCAAGGACUAAUCGGUCCUGCUCGUUUCCUUUGGAGUAAGGAAGGGUUCGUUGUGCCGGUCCAAGACUUACGUGAUCAGUUAGUGCGUAUCCGUCUCUACGGGCCACUUUCUGUUUCAAUAGUGUCUGAUGCCUUGAAAUUGGUCGACGAUGAAAAGGCUCCUCAAUUCAGGUUCGUAGCAUAA